UCUUCUAUCCCAUCACGUCUGUAAAUUUGAAUUUGCCAUUGUGUUGCGAUUAGAUAUAGGAGUACUAUUGUAUCCCUUGAACUGAUUAGGGCUUCAAACAAUCAGGGCGUGGUCAAUUUGAUGAUUGAAUUUUCCAUUUCUUAGAGGCGGUUAUGUUUCUGAAUCAUUGAUUUGAUGGAAACAAGUGAUGUAAAUUGAAUUCGCGUAUUCUUUCUCUGCUACACAUUGCAAAAUGAUCUUAGUGCUUUCAAUUUGUUUUUUCUUCCUUUUCUCAGUUGACUUGCUGCUACAAUUAGGCUGAAAUUAAAUUGUUGAGAGCUGAAUUCGAAAAGCAGGUAGCAUAAGGAACUGUUGUUAGCAUUUUGAGACGGAAUGAAAAGGAGAGCUGUGCCACUUGGAGCUGCUUUGCACUCAAUUUGUUACAAAACUAUAAAGUCACCUGCCCUUUCAUCGGUUGACAUUGUAGAUUCAUGGGAUUCUGCUUCCAAGCUACCUGAACAACCAUGUAUUCAAAAAUUGUCAAAGAAUCAGACUGCGAAGAUAAUAGAUGGAUGUGCAAUUGCUGAUGGGAUAAGGUCCAGAAUAGCUUCUGAGGUAAGAAGAAUGAAGGAAUCGAUUGGACGGGUUCCUAGCUUGGCUGCCAUAUUAGUGGGUCAACGAAGAGAUUCUCUAACAUAUGUACGCAACAAAACAAUUGCUAGUGAAGAGGUUGGCAUCAAGUUUAACUUGACAUCCCUUCGUGAAGAUUGUACGGAAUCUGAAGUUUGCAAUGCUUUGUGUAGAUAUAAUGAGGAUCCAUCAGUUCAUGGUAUUCUUUUGCAGCUUCCCUUGCCGCAGCAUUUGGAUGAGGCGAAAAUACUGAGUUUCAUCAGUCUUGAGAAAGACGUAGAUGGUUUUCAUCCUCUUAAUAUUGGACAUUUAGCAAUGCAAGGAAUGGAGCCACUAUUUAUUCCUUGCACCCCAAAGGGUUGUAUUGAGUUGCUUCUGCAGUCUGGCGUGGAGAUUAUGGGGAAGAACGCUGUGGUGAUCGGUAGGAGCAACAUUGUUGGAUUACCUAUGUCCUUGUUGCUGCAGAGGCACCACGCAACUGUGACUGUUCUUGAUGCACUAACGAAGAACCCAGAAAAGAUAGCCCGUGAAGCUGAUAUUUUAGUGACGGCUGCUGGAGUACCGGAUUUGGUCCGUGGCAGUUGGUUAAAGCCGGGGGCAGUCGUUCUUGAUGUUGGAACAAAUCCCAUCGAGGACUGCACGAGCGAGCACGGGUAUCAUCUAGUUGGAGAUGUUUGCUUUGAGGAAGCCAUAAGAGUAGCUUCUGCAAUCACGCCUGUGCCGGGAGGAGUUGGACCUAUGACCGUUGCUAUGCUGCUUUGCAACACUCUUGAGGCUGCAAAACGCGCCCUCAAUUUUACUACUACUACUUGCUAAUGACUGUCAUUUUAUAUCCUCCAAUAUUUUGUUUAUGAAUAUAUCUACACAUAUUGCUAUUUUAUAAGUUCAGAUUAGUGUCUGUAUGUAUCUAAUUGACUUAACUAGGUUUCAUUUGAAGAUGACUUCUUUCCUGGAGUA